AUCAUCGCUAUCCACGGCUUGGAUACCCAGUCGCCGCGGACGUGGGAGUACAGGAAGAAACCCGAAGAUGGGGACGAGGUAGUCAACUGGCUGGCCAACGCCGACAUGCUACCGGCUGCCAUACCCGAGGCUCGGAUCUUCACAUACGACUGGAACGCGAACUAUUUCAAGGAUGCCCCUGUGCAGACUCUCCUCGGCCACGCGGAUACGCUGCUUACCCACUUGCUGAAGGAUCGAGGCAGGGAAAGGCGGCCGAUCAUCUUCGUGGCGUCCUGUUUUGGUGGCCUUAUCCUGGCUGAGGCUGUCAACCGAGCGACACAGCUAGGGAGUGCCUACGGGGACAUCUUGCUGUCCAUUGCCGGCAUCGUAUUCCUCGCCACGCCAUUCCGUGGUAGUGACGCGGCUAAACAGGCUCAGUGGCAGGUGGUCGUCGGUGGCAUCAUGGGAGAGCAGGCCUCGAGCCAGCUAGUCGAUGACCUCAACAGUAGAGAUAAGGAGCUUCGCAAGAUAACGCAGGUGUUCGCUGAAAACGCAAGACGCGAUUCGAUCCAGAUACCCAUCUCCUGCUUUUACGAAACGAAGAAGACGGUGAUGCUGAGAAAGUUCCUCUCGCCACGUUCCGCAACUAGAGUCACCUCUUUAUUCAAGAAGACCCAAAAGAUAGUAUGA